AUGGAGAAAUCCGACUCCCAUCCGCGACUCCCACUCCGCCCGUUGCGAUGUCUAGCGAGAGCGUAUCCCCAAAUCACGUCCGACAGACCUAGCUCAAGUGCAACGCCAGACAAGGAACGCUCCACCAUUCGCAAAGACAUCCAGCAGCUCUAUAGGAACGAAGAGCUACCUAGUAUAUACCAUCACACAGUCUUCGACCUACCCAAGUCCUUCGACGACGAUGGCGACAGACUCAAGAAGGAUAUUUACCUCGUUGAUUGGGACCAUAACCUCGAUCCUCAGAACCCGCUCAACUGGCCCGCAUGGAAGAAAAGCCUGAACAUUGCCUGCAUCUUCCUGAUGUGCAUCAUCUCCCCAUUCACAUCCUCCGUCUUCGCCCCCGCCAUCCCCUCCCUCAUGCUCUCCUUCCACACCACAGAGCCCUACCUGUCCUCCUUCGUCCUGAGCGUCUACGUCCUCGGUUACGCCAUCGGGCCCCUCGUGAUCUCGCCCCUCUCCGAGCUGUUCGGCAGAAUCCCUCUAUACCACUUUUGCAACACACUAUUCAGCAUCUGCACCCUACUGUGUGGACGCACAACAUCCACCCGCACUCUAGCGGUCACACGGCUUUUCGCUGGUAUGGGCGGUAGCUCCGUCUUCGCGCUCGCGCCGAGUUCUGUCGCUGAUAUGUUUCCCGAAGAGAAGCGUGGCGCAGUCAUGGCGGUGGUGGCUGUAGGGUAUAACCUCGGUCCGUCUAUCAGUCCCACAGCCGGGGCCUACAUCAACGCUGCGUGGGGCUGGGAGUGGGUUUUCUACAUCAGCGGCGGUCUCGGACUCAUCGUCACAGUCCUGAACUUCGCGGGAUUGAGCGAGAGCUAUGAACCGGUGCUGUUGCGGAGAAAAGCUGCUAGGCUGAGGAAGCAGAAACGAUUCCGAGACGGAUCGGUGAGGUCGAGAUUCGAUUUCGAUGUGCAGACUACGAGAAGGGAGGUGUUGGGAAGGGCGAUGCUGAUGCCGCUCCGCAUGCUUGUUUUCUCGAAGACGAUUUUGUUGACGAGUGCGUUGACGGCGAUUGGGUAUGGAUGGAUGUACAUUCUGUAUACUACGCUUCCGACUACAUUUCUGGUCAUGUACGCUUGGGAGCCCAAGAGUAUCGGUUUUGCGUAUCUUGGUACUGCGGUUGGGGCGGUGGUUGGUAUGGUUGUUGGUGCAAAGAUUAGCGAUGCUGUCAUGAAGAGGAGGAAGGAGGCAGGGGAUUUCAGGCCGGAGAAUCGGUUGCUACCCAUGUUUUUCUUCUGGCCUUGCGUUGGUGUGGGAUUGUUGAUAUAUGCUUGGGCGGCGCAAAACACUGUGCACUGGGCAUUGCCGGUGCUUGGAACCAGUAUCUUCGGAGCGGGAGCUAUGAGCGCCAUCUUCUUCACAGGAACAUAUAUCCUCGACGCCUACCCGGUGCACUCAGCAUCUGGAACUGCAGCAAGCACGCUCUUUCGAUCGAUACUUGGUGGUAUAGCGCCACUGUUUUCGAAUAAGCUGUACAAGCAGCUGGAUGUGGGAUGGAUGUUUUCGUUACUGGCAUUUGUUGCGCUGGCUGUUGCACCUGUACCGUGGAUUGUGUAUGGAUUUGGCGAGGGGUGGAGGAAGAAAGAGAAUCUUGGUGGAAAUAUUGCAGUUGGGGGACGGGAGGUCCGCAAUAAGUUGGAGAGCAAGGAUGCGGAUACAUACUUGGAGUGA